GCGGCACGCGCCCCCUUCGAAACCGACGCGGCUUCUAUAUGGAACGUGCAGGACGCGUCACUGUUCCGAGCCGGAUUGCAGGGGCUCUCGUCCUCGGUGCGGCCGCCUUUUUCCUACCCGUUGCUCGCCCCGAACACAUCGUUUCAGAGCCGAAUUUCAAGGAGCUAAUCACCAACGUCACAGCACCGGUUGGACGAGAAGCAAUCCUUGCCUGCAUCGUCAAAGAUCUUGGCGUUUACAAGGUGGCCUGGUUAAGGGUCGACACUCAGACCAUACUGACGAUCGCUGGUCACGUGAUAACGAAGAAUCAUCGGAUCGACGUUAAGCACAGCGAUCAUCUGAUCUGGUAUCUUCACAUUCGAGAAGUCCGGGAGACCGACAGAGGCUGGUACAUGUGCCAGAUAAACACCGACCCGAUGAAAAGCCAAAGAGGUUACCUCGACGUGGUUGUUCCACCGGACAUCCUGGACUAUCCAACCAGCACUGAUAUGGUCGUUCGAGAGGGAAGCAACGUUACCCUUAGGUGCGCUGUUACUGGGUCACCAACGCCUACUAUAACGUGGAGACGCGAGGACAGCCGUCCCAUUCCUUUAGGAAAUGGUGUCACCAGCAUCGAGGGUCCAUUCUUCAACAUCACGAAGGUGAACCGACUCCACAUGGGAUCUUAUCUCUGCAUCGCGUCCAACGGAGUUCCACCCUCGGUCAGCAAGAGGAUAACGCUAAUCGUUCACUUUCCGCCCAUGAUUUGGGUUCAGAAUCAACUCGUCGGGGCGAGGGAAGGCCAGCAGAUGACACUCGGCUGCCAUUCCGAGGCCUACCCCAAAUCCAUCAACUACUGGACUCGCGACGAGGGCCAAAUCGUCCCUCAGGGGGGUAAAUACGAACCCUCGAUAUUCGAGGACGCCUACACGGUUCACAUGAAUUUGACGAUCAGAUCGGUGGGUCCGUCGGAUUUCGGAGCUUACAAAUGCGUUUCGAAAAAUUCACUCGGCGAUACUGACGGGAGCAUCAAACUUUACGAAAUUCCUUCGAGUUCCGGUUCCCGUUCAACUUACGGCAACGGGACGAAGUACAAAGGAAAAAUGGGUAAAAAUUAUGGCAACAAUUACGUAGACGGGGAUCCGAAUGUUCUGAAAAAAAUAGACCUGAAGCUGCGAGGUCGUAAGGAAAAUGGAAGGGAUGACGACGAGGAUUAUGACGAGACUUCGGGGGCGGAUUCUCGCGGUCGAAUGUCAGCGACUUCGACGCUGUUUUCGUCGCUGAUUUUUGCCAUUUUGAGCCAACGCAGAUUAUUUGGAGAUUUGCAAACGCUGUUGCUUCCUGCCUGAGAAACAUUAGGAAUAUAGAGAAAAGUAAUAAAGGUUUUUAGUUGACUUCGUUUUUACUUUCACCUCGUUCAACCGACACAGAAACGUCGCAAUAUAUAUUCUCAAAAUAUGUAUCUAUUGUAAUCGCACGGAUCGAAACGCGAGUAGAACAAGUAUUUUCGAUAUAAUCAGUUGAAUAUAUGACGCGUAGGUAAAUCACACGAAACAUACGCAAGAACACGUUGUAGGUAUUUGAAAAUAGAACAUUUCCAUGCUGGAGAUACGCUUGUAUAAUGUAAUAAUUAUGUAAAUAAUAAUAAUAAUGAUAAUAAUAAUAAUAACAGCAACAACAAUAACAUUAUCGUAUACCAUUGUAUAAUAUAUAAAGACAGCAAAAAUUUUCACUAUAGCGCCGUUAUUCGAUGAUUCCUUUGGACUAUACAUAAUAUAUAUAUAUAUAUAUAUAUAUAUAUAUAUGCGCUCAUCAAAAUUAGCAACGUUCCAUUUGUCACGUUAUCGUCGUUUGAAACUUUAUUGGCAUUGAUACGUUUUAAAAAAAGACGACAAGCGCUUCUACUUUAUUUAUCGCGUUUAUACAAAAUAUCCGAUCAGAACAUUUUUCACCUCGGUUUUUAGACUGAUUUAUUAUUAUACGAUCUUUCUUAUAUUCAUUUAAUCGGUCAUUCAUAUUGUACAUAUACAUGUGUGUAGAUUUAUUAAAUUUACACAUAUUUUUAACCGUUUUACACACUGAAAAAGAACGAAUGAAAAAUGUCGUCGCGUUAAAUUUUUCAACUCGCAUUUCAUGCCUAUAAUUUUUCUCAGUGACGAAAGAAUGAAGUUCAAAACACGCAUUUUUUUUUUUUUUUUGUCCUGCCUAUCAGAGUAUAAUAAGCAGUAGGAAGUUGAAGUAGAGAGGUUUAAAGGUGAGAGAAAAAAGUAAUCGUCUUGCGCCUAGAAAAUAUCGCAUAAAUUUAAUGAUAAUAAAAGAGGGAGAGAAUAGUUGAAUAGAAAGAAAAAUGAAAGAGAAAAUAGGUAUGGAGAAAAACAAAAAUAUCGCGAGAUGGUUUUACCAACCGACACUCUGUAUUACUGGGGAUAAUUAUAAAUAUAGCCACAAAUUGACCAGCAUUGUCCAUCAUAUAAAUGAAAUCAUGCAGAAGAGAAAAUAAAAAAAAAAAUAGAAAAAUGAAAAAAAAAAGAAGAAAAAAAAAGAAUAUAGUUAAUUACUCGAGUAAAUAAAUAAGAUAAAAUUAGGCGCCAUAAUAGAAGUGCGAAUGGUAAAGCGUGAUGCGAGAAAUAUACGUUGAUGAUAUUAUAUAAUAAUAAUAAUAAUAUAUACCGUUAACUGCCGUGUGAUUUUUACCUUGAGAAAGUGCAGAGCUUGUCUAAUUAUAUUUAUUAUACAUUACCUAAUAUAGCAUAAUAUCUUACCUGUAAUAAUUAGUUAAGUGUAUUAAAUAUGUAAGGCAACGAUUAUAACUAACAAGUUGUAUUGUACCGUAAUUAUUUCGUUCACGGUUUCACAAAAUGCGUGAUAACGAAAAGCUGAAAGGCAAGAAAAGAAUUGGCAAGAAGAAGUCUUUUUCUUUUAGAAGAAUAACAGGAAUUAAACAAUACCGAAUGAUCGUGGAAAUUGAGUUUGAAACAAGGAAAAAAGUGAAAUCUAAGAUUGAUUUGAUAUGAAAGAAAAAAAAAAAAAAAAAAAACAAUAUUUUGUCUUUGAUCAAUUAUCGAAGUGAAACGCGACAAGACCACAAAAGGAGAGAAAAAUAUUUUCAAAGUUGUUGAAAAUUUGACAAAUAUAUAAUAUAACAAUGACGAGUAAAAAUAAUGAAAACAUCAUUGAUAUACCAAUUUCACCAGACUAAAAUGUCGAGUAUUUUAUACGCUGGAUUAUUGUUGUGAGAUUUUGAAGAAGUGAAGAAAAAAAAAAAAAAUUAAGAAAACAGAGAAACAAAGAAAUCAUACAACACAUAAUAUAUAUUAACAAUAACACGGCG